AUGGCCAGAAACAUCAACAAAAAGAAGAGGUGCUCCAGAGGACAUCGAAACCCAGCCUCCAGAAAGAAAUCACGUUCCCACACACAUGGUCAAAGAAAUUAUUCACUCUACAUAAACAGGGUCCUAAAGGAAGUGGUUCCCCACAGCGGCAUAUCAUCUCACACCUUGGACAUCAUGAACACCAUGAUCAACGGCAUUUUUGAGCGCAUUUCUACGGAAGCCUGCAACCUGAUGCAUUACAGAAAACGUCGUACCCUCACACCUGAGGACUUCCAGAAGGCAGUGUAUUUGCUGUUGCCUGGGAAACUAGCUAAGUACGCAGUGGCUUUUGCAAAUGAAGCUGUCCAACGAUAUGUCAGCUCCUAA